CUUUCCUAAAUUCCUCAGUGCUUUGCUCACACCAAAACCCACUCAUCAUUUGCUAUAAAAGCUUCAAUUUCCCUUUCCAUUUGAUCAUCAAUAUUUCACCCAAAAUAUUUGUUUCUUUUGGUAGCUGCAAUUACAGUCAAAGUAAAUCAGCAACAUUAAUGGCUACUCCAAGUGCACAAGAAAUUCGUCCUCCAUCUCUCAUUUCUUCUUCUGAACCCCCGUCCCUGUUCGAUGGAACCACCAGGUUGUAUAUCAGUUAUAUUUGCCCAUUUGCUCAGCGUGCGUGGAUUACCAGAAAUGUCAAGGGUUUACAAGAUAAGAUUGAAUUAGUUCCAAUUGAUCUUCAGAACAGGCCUGCUUGGUACAAGGAAAAAGUUUACGCUCAAAACAAGGUUCCCGCUCUGGAACACAACAACAAAGUGAUUGGAGAAAGUCUCGAUCUGAUUAAAUAUAUCGACAGCAACUUUGAGGGGCCAUCCCUUCUACCUGAUGACCCUGAAAAACAGAAGUUUGCUGAAGAGUUGGUAACUUACACCGAUACAUUCCUGAAAGAAAUAUAUGGUAGCUUUAAAGGAGAUGUUGAGAAGCAGGCUGGACCUCAUUUUGACUACUUAGAAAAAGCUCUCGAGAAAUUUAACAAUGGACCUUUCUUCCUGGGUCAAUUCAGUCAGGCCGACAUUGCGUAUGCUUCCUUCAUUGAGAGGUUCCAAAUCUUCUUACAAGAGGUGUUCAACUAUGAUAUCACAUCUUGGAGGCCAAAACUAGCAAAAUGGAUAGAGGAAUUGAACAAGAUUGAUGGCUACAUUCAGACAAAAGCCGAUCCCAAGAAAGUGGUCGAGAUAUAUAAGAGCCGCUUUAUGGCAUAAAAAUGAAUAACGCUCAAUCCAUCAAAGUUGUUAAAUUACGAAUAACUGGUGUUCCGUGCUUCGUUCAUGUCAAGGACUUGGAGAUUAUGUAUUAGUAAUACAUAAAGUGAUUCUAUGUUUGUUUGCUAUAUGUGUAGAUUGUAUUGAGACCUGUUGCUUGUGCUGGAAACUUGUUUCAGCAUAGUAAUAGCUGUUAAAUCGUCUCAUGUAAUAGAAUUCUGUUGUGUGUGGAUCAAGCCACUUAAAUGAAAUAUUAUUGUUCAUAA